CCACAAGUAACAGGACCAAUGUUCCUAUGUUCUCGUAACAUGCAGAGAAUUAUUCAAGCAGUCUGUCGUGGGUCGGUACCGACGUUUACCUCCAUAGAACAGAAAUGUUAUAAAAGACGUACAUUUCCGAGGAAACAUAUUAUCCAUUCACAGCUCUACAACAAUGUUCGCUCGUAUCUCAGCCUUCUCUCUCGCCAUCUUGGCUCUGCCUCUCCUUGUGGCCAGCAGUGCCGUCCCAAGGCAAGACACCAAUACCACCGUUACCGGCGGCAAGUGCAACACCGGCUCGGCCCAGUGCUGCAAGUCAGUUCAGGACCCCAAGUCCGACGCUGUCCAGAACGCCCUCGGCGUUUUGGGGAUUCCUAUCGGUGAAAUCACCGCCAAUGUCGGUCUCACCUGCACCCCCAUCACCGUUCUUGGCCUCGGCACUACUUCGUGCGUUAACCAGCCCGUGUGCUGUGACAAUAACAACUUCAACGGAGUUGUUGCUCUGGGCUGCACCCCCAUCAACGUGGUUCUUUAAGCGUUAUCCUAGUCUAC